CGGAGGCGGCCCCCUGACUCUGAGCUCAGCGGCUCAGUUCAAUAAGUAAGCGGCUUAUCGGCUCAGGAUUACACGGCCACGCGGCGGCAGCAAUUCCCCACCUCCCAUGGCGACCGCGCUCCUCCUCCGCGCGCACCACGCCCGCAACCCGCCGCCGUCCCCUUCGCCGCCGGCGCGCGCCGCGAUCGUCUGCCGGGCCAUGGCGGCGUCGGCGUCGGCGUCGGCGUCGGCCCAGGCGCUGCGCUCGCUGGCCCCGCCGCCGCGGCCGGAGCUGCUCUCCCUCGACCUGCCCCGCUACGACCCGGCCCGCUCCCGCCCCGUCGACCUCGCCAUCGUCGGCGGCGGGCCGGCGGGCCUCGCCGUGGCGCAGCGGGUCGCCGAGGCGGGCCUCUCCGUGUGCUCCAUCGACCCUUCCCCGGGCCUCGUGUGGCCCAACAACUACGGCGUGUGGGUGGACGAGUUCGAGGCCAUGGGCCUCGCCGACUGCCUCGACACCGUCUGGCCCUCCGCCUCCGUCUUCAUCGACGACGCCACCCCGCCCAAGUCCCUCGACCGCCCCUACGCCCGCGUCGCCCGCCGCAAGCUCAAGUCCACCAUGAUGGACCGCUGCGUCGCGCACGGCGUCCGCUUCCACCAGGCCAAGGUCGUCAAGGCCGUCCACAACGACGCCUCCUCCCUCCUCAUCUGCGACGACGGCGUCGCCGUCCCGGCCACCGUCGUCCUCGACGCCACCGGCUUCUCUCGCUGCCUCGUGCAGUACGACAAGCCAUACAACCCGGGCUACCAGGUCGCAUACGGCAUCCUCGCCGAGGUCGACGGCCACCCGUUCGACAUCGACAAGAUGCUCUUCAUGGACUGGCGCGAUUCCCACCUCCCCGAGGGGUCCGCGGUCAGGGAGCGGAACAGCCGGGUGCCCACGUUCCUCUACGCCAUGCCAUUCUCCCCCACGAAGAUCUUCCUCGAGGAGACGUCGCUGGUGGCGCGCCCGGGCCUCGCCAUGGACGACAUCCAGGAACGCAUGGCCUCGCGGCUCAGGCAUCUGGGGAUACGCAUCCGGAGCGUCGAGGAGGACGAGCGCUGCGUGAUCCCCAUGGGCGGGCCGCUGCCCGUGCUGCCGCAGAGGGUGGUCGGCAUCGGUGGCACGGCCGGGAUGGUGCACCCUUCCACGGGGUACAUGGUGGCGCGCACGCUGGCCACGGCUCCCAUAGUGGCAGACUCCAUUGUGCGGUUUCUUGAUUCCGGCAAUGGCAGCAUCACCGGGGAUGCGCUCGCCGCCGAGGUGUGGAAGGAGCUCUGGCCGACAGACAGGCGGAGGCAGAGGGAGUUUUUCUGCUUCGGCAUGGACGUCCUGCUCAAGCUGGACCUCCAAGGUACACGCCGGUUCUUCAACGCCUUCUUCGACCUCGAGCCGCAUUACUGGCACGGCUUCCUUUCGUCCAGGUUGUACCUGCCAGAGCUCAUGAUGUUUGGGCUCUCGCUGUUUGCCCACGCUUCCAACACGUCGAAGCUAGAGAUCAUGGCCAAGGGCACCGUGCCUCUUGCCAAGAUGGUAGGCAACUUGAUACAAGACAGAGAUAGGUGAUAGACUUGAGAGGGUAUGUGCCUGCAUUUCUCAUCUCAAGAUCCCCACGGGGUCUCUGAUUUUGGCAUAGCUUCUGUCCAAUGUAUCUAAGAUUUGCAAAGAGGAUUUAUCAAAACACCAUUAGCAACAGCAGCAUAGGACCUUGCAGGGAGAUGCAACAAUUACUGCUGCGACAUACUGAGAGCUGUAUAGUUCAUAUUUGAGGCACGGUGUAUCACUCCAUGUAUUAUACAGUAUAUGUCAUGAUAGACAAACACAGAUCAAAGUUUACCCCAAA